GUUCAUAUCUUUGUUGAUUCUCUCUCAGUAUAAAUGCUGAGCUCCUCAUGACUUCUGCAGCUCCUUCAGAGAACAUCGGCGGACUUCCACCUCUGUGAUCAGAAGCUGUCAGACGUUUUGGAGUUUGUGUUUGGCGGCCAUCAUGGGGACUCUCCGUCGGCUGCUGGUGCUGACCCUGUUCGCCGUGGGACUGAACCACGUCAACGGGGGCCUGUUCGGUGACUCUGGUGAGUCUGGGGAGUCCGGUCAGAUGAACCAGGGACACAUUUUACUAAAGCACCCUCAUCACCCCUGCGACAAGACGUACUAGCAGGCUGACGUGAGGAGGCUGAACCCGUCUCAUGCUGUCAAAAUAAAACGACUUUCUGA